AAAAGGAGUUCGAAAGGAGAUUACAUGAAGGAUCAGAUAUGAUGAUAAAUUAGUCAAUGAUCUCUGCAAGGCUGUUGAACUUAAACGCUCCCUCCAAUCUCAAGAUCAAAUGAGGGAGAUUAAUGUUCAAAAAGAGGCUCUAGAACCUAAGACCAACCCUGAACCCAACAACCAACAGGUCCCAGUUCUAGAAGAUUCAUCUAGACUAACACUACCACAGAAAUCCGAGAGCAUAACAACUCUCGCUAGGGCUACUGUGGUAAUGUUACCCGAAUCUCUUCCUAGCCCAGACCCAACUAGCAUAGUUGUACAUGAGGUGGAACCAAUUGAGGGACCUGACUCAGAACCACCUACACUCGUUCAAGAAAAGAAGGAGGAGGAAGUUUUGCCUAUGGCAAUAAACGACCAUCUCCUUAAUUGUGUUGAAGACACACCUCCAAAGGAACCUGUUCUGGAGGAAAUAGAGCCCAUUACCUGCCCCCAAGAUACCAAUGUCCAAGUGUCCGAGCAGGAAUCUACAGACGAGGAAAUACUUUGCAUAGAAAAACCAACUCCGUUUGUAGAAACCUGUGUACAUAAUGCUUCAUCUGAAGAUUCAGACCAAACCUUCUUUGACUCCCUACUUGACGGGUGUGACUAUGUCUGCCCGAAGGAUGGUUGGAGCCAUAAGAGUUGGGAUGAACUUCUGGUAAGUGACACUGAAGACUCUUCCUUGGGGGAAGGUACGAUCAUAAUCAUCAAACCACAAAUGGAUGGUCAGCCCAUUGAAGACAAGGAAGAAAUCAAUAUCGCUAUGAAGGCCAAUGAUGUGGAUCAACUAAGGAGACUUCCGCCCCCACCUAUCUAGAGUCGCCUCCUUUUAUCCUGUUGCCGCCAAGCCGCAGGGACGAGUCAAGGAUCCUGGACCUUGACCGAGCAAAAUAUCAAACAAG